AUGAAAGGCCUGUUUAUCGUCACACGAUACCUACCCUUCAUCUUUCUCGUCGCAGAUCUAUAUAUGUACUUUAUCCCGGAUGAGAACCCAGGUGUAUGUGAUGCGGUGGAGAGUUAUGAGAACGACAAACUUACUGCAUUGUUUCCCCAGAAAUGCCGGGUGUUGGAAAAUAUUCAAGCAGGUCUUGCCAUAGUAUUAUUCACUUUUUCUGAGACAAUUGUGCUUUGGAAUAACAAUAGAAUUUUGCGUGCAGCCACGGUGUGCGCCUCUAUCGUGAGUUCCCAGUCCACUCACUAUACCCAAGCUAAUGGGAGAUGCAUCAGCCAGACUGUUCUCGUAGCAUCCCUCUGCACUGUCUUCACCACUGACAUCCCUUCAGCAUAUGAGACUAGCGCGAUCCAGGGCAUCUCAGGGUGCUACCAAAGUGCAAGUCGUUACCAACUCUCCAUACCAUAUCUUCUCCUUUCCGUAUUCGCACUGGGGCUCAUGAUACUCACGCUCAUACGCGCCCUGCAGGACUGGCGGAUAAACUCAGGCCGGCUGUACGUUACCCUGGUAAAGCAUAACAUAUCCUAUUAUGCAUGUGCUUUUCUGUUGUCGGCAACGAACGUUAUCACAUCGCUGUUCCUCCAGUACUCCUACCAGAUCAUCUUGUAUGAUCUCCAGUUCGUGAUGCUUCCAAUCCUUGCCACCCGCAUGCACCUCCAUCUCUGGCAGGUAGACCAACAUGCACGCAAUUCUGGGACCAUCACGAGCAUUCCAUUGUCCGAUAUGUCAUUUGUAGAUUUCACCAAUGAUGUCUGA